GUACUUUGAAAAUAUCAUGAUAAUCGAUCUUAAUAGUCAGGCUUACCCAGCUUGUCCGCGAUAUUAACCGGGAUUGACUCCCGUUCACUCAACCCCAAUCUCCUUACACCCCCACUCUCCCUUCAAAGCUUCCAAGCCCCAUACCACGCGGUAUCACUCGUUCAUCAUGCCGAUCUGGGACUUUGAAUUCACUGACAGGCUCACCGACAGGCUCCGGAAAAUCAACCAAGGGGCGUCAAGAUUGAAGAGCAACUGGCUGAGUUCUUAAACAUUCGGUUUGGGCAGCGCCAUGUCCUGAGUCUUGCUCGCGAUCUUGACACUAAUGAGGAUAUUAUGCUUAAAAUACGUUAUGAGUAUCAUCCUUUGAUGAACAUUGUGUUGCUGAUGGAAAUGCCAGUGUCAACUCUACAUUCUUCAACAUCGAAGACCCCAAAGCCAAUCGAGAAAAAGCCGACGUGAUGUUCAUCCAUGAGGUGGAAGCUGUUGAAGCUGUCCAAGCGAUACACCACGGGCCCAAAUAUAUUGACCAUGCGACUCAACCCGCAGGACAGACGUUCCCUUACCCUGAUGGUUGCGUGGAUAUGUUGGUCAUAUCGAGAGUCCAAGGCGACAACCAACUUUCGUUUGAGCAGCUGGCUGUUAUCCUCGAGUGUGUUCCCCUAUUUUGGUGUUUGAUAUUCUAAUCGUUAUCCAGUCACUUGCGGAAAAAAAGAAAGGGCUUGUAUAAACAGGAUCCUGUCUGUGAGGUAUGACAGGCCAAAUGACAAGUCGUAGGUUGCCUUACCUUUUCACAGUCGGUAUCCGUCUCAUCGUAUCGGGUAUCUCGUCGAUUUCAUCCACUUGAAGCUCACAGACCCCGUUGCUUCGCAUGCCAUCACACCCGAUAGCAUGUUUGUCAUUGGAUUCAACCUUUUAGCAACAUAGAGGGUAUCUAGAAUAGCA